AAGAUGAUUUGUAAGGAUGUUUUUAAAAGAUAUUCGGCUGAACAAGUGCUCAGACACCCAUGGGUGAUUAAUGGAGGAGAAACAAGAUCAAUGGCUGAUCUAAACUGAACAAGAUUGCUGGUUUUACUCUACGUUGUUCAGACUAUCCAAAACUGUUUCCACACCCGUGUCAGAUUCUCCAAAAUGCACUAUUUUUGUCGUAUUUGACGCCCAUCUGUUGACAUUCUUGAAGAGUCGGAGCAGCAUAGGUUAUACUAACUAUCCUACAAAUACUAGCUGUACAAAUCUUGAUAUAAAAGCUUCUACUGUGUUGUGGAGAAGAAUCUUGUGAAUGAUAAUGAAUCUCCUACUACUAUAUAUUAUGAGGGAAAAAAACAAAAAACGAAAAGAUUUUAAGGCUAUGUAAGAAAAGUCCAUGCUUUCCCCACCUUUAUAUGUUUUUUAUUAUAAAAGGUUGAGGGAGAGAGGGAUUAUUGUAUGUAUUGGUGAUUUAUCCUUUCAAAUUUUGUUGAGUUGAGAAGUUUGCCAUGUAAUAAAGUUUGCUACUAUUAUAUUAUGAAUCUUCUUAGGUUAA